UCCAACGCUGCUGGAGAUAGGGAGAGGAUGCGGCGGCGUUUUACAGCGGAGUUAGUGGAAAGGCGUGUUUUCAGCUGUUGUGAUUAUUUUGGUUGGGAAAAGCAAAAGUAUACGGAGAUGCUAGUUCUUGUGGAAUAUAAUGCACCGUGAAACCACGCUUUAAUUUUCGAAAUGAAUGGAAGUGGACGUUGUGAAAGAAAUGAUAUCUCAGUGGUCCCAGCCAGAGAGACGGCCAGCAAUGGAAGAAGCUCCAGCAGAACUAAAGAGAAAAACAAAGAUGGAGAGAGCGAGAAAGCACCCAGGCGUUCUGGGAGUCGAUCCAGUAACAUCUCCAAGGCAAGCAGUUCCACAACAGGACUAGGACAAACAAGUGUUUCUCGGACCUCAGUGACUCCCUCUUCUCAGGAUAUUUGCAGCUGUCUCUUCACCUUCUCUUCUCCGCUUUCCAUUGUCCAUCUCUGCAUGCUGUCGCUGGCUCCGCUCCAAAUCGGCUGCUCUGCUCGGCUCAGCUCCGGCCCUCUGCCCAAGGUGGAGGAGGACCGCUUUGAGCAGUGCACUCCCGUCACGGUUCUGACCGCCUCGGGUCAACAGGUGGGUAAGAGGCAGGUGAAAAGGCGGCACAGGCGGAAGAAGGAGGCCUGCCACGUCUGCGCAUGCGUGAACGCCCCCGAGGGCCGCGGGCCCCACCGUGACUGCUCCCGGCACCCCGGCGGUCCCCGGCGGGACGCCGACUCCUCCUCGGAGGACGAGAACUGGAGGCAGGCACGCAGCUGGAGCCGGGAGAGGGCGAAGAGGAGCAGGCGGCGCAGCCAGGCCGGCAAGGAGCGGGAGAGGGCCCCCGAGCACGAGGCCAUGGAGCUGGUCUCGCUGGGGUCCGAAGAGGAUGACAGAAAGGACAAGGAGAACCACGCGCCCCCGCAGGAGACUGGCUGCACAGGCCUGAAGAACCGGCGGAAGCCGUCGGCGAAGAAGGAAGACCGGCCGCCGUGCGAUGACGCGAGGACCCCCGUUCCUGUGCAGAGGAAGGCGGGGAGCUUCCGAGACACACAGGGCAAUGCAUGCAGCCCCAGAAGCUCCUCCCCUCACGAGGAAGACUGCAUCACCAAGAUAUACGAGGAGCCGGGAGCACAGGAUGAGGUCCUGUCCGCGCCCUCGGGCAGGAGGUCAGCGUGUCAGAACGGCACAGCGCAGAUACUGUACACAGAUGAUGACAUGGAGGUGUGCAGGAUCUGUCACUGCGAGGGCGACGAGGAGUGCCCCCUCAUCACGCCGUGCCGCUGCACCGGCAGCCUGCGCUUCGUGCACCAGGGCUGCCUGCACCAGUGGAUCAAGAGCUCCGACACGCGCUGCUGCGAGCUCUGCAAGUAUGACUUCAUCAUGGAGACGCAGCUCAAGCCCCUGCGCAAGUGGGAGAAGCUUCAGAUGUCUGCGAGUGAGAGGAGGAAGAUAAUCUGUUCUGUGACCUUCCACAUCAUUGCCGUCACAUGCGUCGUGUGGUCCCUUUACGUAUUAAUCGACAGAACAGCCGAGGAGAUCAAACAAGGAAAGGAAAAUGGCGUGCUGGAGUGGCCGUUCUGGACAAAGCUCAUUGUUGUGGCCAUUGGCUUCACUGGAGGUCUGAUCUUCAUGUACAUUCAGUGCAAAGUCUACCUUCAACUCUGGCGACGACUCAAGGCGUUCAACCGGAUCAUUUUCGUCCAGAACUGUCCGGACACUGUCAAAAAAUCGGAGGAAAAGAUUGUUCCUCCCAAUCAAACAAAUGGCAGACACGACUCGGUGGAAGUGCCAGUGUCUCAGACAGAAACAAACUCUCACAGACCAGCAGGGGGCGCUGCUGUUCCUGAAGUAGCACCUGUUUGACUGGGUUGUUUCAGUAUCUCUCUGCUUAUGUCUUGUCUGUUUCUGAGAGAUGUGAAGUUUUGAGGUGCACAGCUAUUUACAAAACCCCUCAGACAUCCAAAGGAGAAACAGCAACAUGUGAAAAGCCCCCAAAAGGAAAACGAAUAUAUCACAAUAGCAUUGUACGAACAAGCCAGACUUAGCUUCCCAGCACCAAAGAACUCAUGAAAAAGGUUACUGCAUUCUAGGAAGUUAUAUGCGAGAGAACAUUUUUAGGGAAGUAUUUAUUUUUUAUCUUAACUAUAAAUGUAUAGUUUUGAGUUCCACUGAGUAACAGUGUAAAGCAAGUUUUUAAAAUGAACAGAACAAAAGGUUUAAACAGUGCAGGAUAUAAGUGUGUGAAAUGAGUGAAUCCCUAGGAGGCAGAAUGUUUCGUGACAGUAUUUGCAGGCUUUGAAACUCAACAAACAUAUGCAGCUUACUAAAAGGUGAUUCAAUUAAAAAUAUAUUUGAUAAGAUAAUCAAAUUAUUAGAAUGGUUCAGAUAAUAUGUUAAGGGUGUUUGAAUAAUAAUCUUUUGUUACAAGGGUAUCUGAUAACUAUGUCUCCAGCCAUUUAGUCUAGGCUUCUGUGGCAUCACCUUCAAAGUUCUGCCAGUAUUGAGUAAACAGCACAAAGAACAAUUUGUUUACACUUUUUGUAAUGAUUCAAACUGGGAUAUUUUGACAAUGAUGAACAUGUGAAUUGUGACCGAGGUGUUCAUAAUGCUCCUGUUACACAUUAUGCCAAUUAAAACAGAUAUAUCAUUCUUUAAUUACCUAUUGAGUGUUUGCAACACCAGCUGUGGGUGUGACAUACUACAUGUAUAUCAAAGGCAGUGCAAUAAAUUUGUGAAUGUAUAUAUUAGGCUUUGUCUGCAUUUCUACUGUCAAUUGUAAAUACUGCAGAACUA